AUGGUCUCCAGCUCUAGACAUGCACCUAAGCACGGGGCGGCAGGGAUUCCGGCGCAGCACUCGCCUGCGGCGGCGUCACCACCGGGGCCGAGCGAGGAGCUCCCGUCGCCGUCCUCCACCGACACCAUCACUCCGCGGAGGCGGUACCGCGGCGUGCGUCAGCGGCCGUGGGGGAAGUGGGCGGCGGAGAUCCGGGACCCGCACAAGGCGGCGCGCGUGUGGCUGGGCACCUUCGACACCGCGGAGGCCGCCGCGCGGGCCUACGACGAGGCGGCGCUGAGAUUCCGCGGCAGCCGCGCCAAGCUCAACUUCCCGGAGUCCGCCACGCUCGUGUCGGCGCCGCCGGCGGCGGUUCCUCCUCCGCCUCCGCCGCCGCCGCAGAGGCCCGAGGCGCUGCUGGAGUCGCAGGCGCUGGCGCUGGCAGGCGGCGGCGGGGAGUACUCGGAGUACGCCAGGUUCCUGCAGGGCCCCGCCGAGCCAACGCCGCGCCUCUACGACCAGGCGGCGGCGCGCGCUGUCAGGCCGCCCGCGGUGACCGCGGCGUCCGGCUCCUCGUCGGCGCCGUCGUUCCCGGUGCUCUUCAGCUUUGGAGGCGGAGGAGGUGACAGCAGCGGCGCCGGGGGUCAUCACCGUCAGUGGUGGACGCAAGGCAGCAGCGGCUCCGCGAGCGAUGGCGGGACCGGCAUCGACGAUGGUUUCCUCGGUGGUGUUUUCUCAUGCGUUGGUUCUCGAAUCUCCUGUGAGCUUCUCUUCUCUGGUUGUGCCCACAAUGUCAAUCGCAUCACCAGACUUCAAAUCACCGACAUUGUUGCUGUUGGAAACUGGAGGUAUCGACCGUGA